GGAAACAGGUAGACAUGAUAGAAUUGAUAGUGAAACGAGUAUAUAUGACGAAAUCGAUAGUGGAAUGGGUAAAAACAAUGAAAUGGAUGGUGAAACGGAUGGUGAAACGGAUAGAUAUGGUGAAAUCGGUGAAAUUGAUGGUGAACCAGAUAGAUAUAACGAAGUUGAUAUUGGAACGGAUAAAAAUAAUGAAAUGGAUGGUGAAACAGGUAUAUAUGGCGAAGUCGAUAUUGGAACAGAUAAAAAUAAUGAAAUGGAUGAUAAAACGGACGAAAUUGACGGUGAAGCAGAUAGAUAUGGCGAAAUCAAUAGAACGAAUAAAAAUAAUGAAAUGAAUGGCAAAACAGAUGAAAUUGAUGGUGAAACAGGUAGAUAUGGUGAAAUUAAUAGAGGAACGGGUAAAAAUAAUGAAAUGGAUGGUAAAACGGACAAUAAAAUGGGUAGAUAUGGCAAAAUCGUUGAAAUGGAUGAAAUUGAUGGCGAAACGGAUGAAAUUGAUGGUGAAACGGAUGAAAUUGAUGGUGAAACGGGUAGAUAUGGUGAAAUUAAUAGAGGAAUGGGUAAAAAUAAUGAAAUGGAUG